GUAUGGGUUUAAUAUGAAAAAUUACAUAUUUUUAACUCUUUAAUAUUAUUAUAUAUUAAAAAUGUUAUAAUAUUUGUAAUUAAAAAUGGUUUUUGUUUCAAAAACUAAUAUGUUACUCGACCAUACAUUCAGAUAAUAUAAAGGUAUGAAAAUUAUUAUCAAUUAAUAUAAAAAUAACAUAUUGAUAGUAUCAACUGUGUAUCAAAAUGGAAAAUUUCAAUACGGGUGCUGGGAACUAAAAUUUAGAGAGUAGGUUGAACUGAUUAAAGAUGUCUCUGUUGAAGUUAUAAUUAUAUGUGGCUUAAUAUGUGAGAGCAUCUUUGAACAGUUAAGUUUAAAAUAUGAAAUGAAAUUACAUUUGAGAAUCAUUUCUUGUAUUUAUAGAACUUUGUGGUUAUUGUCCAGCAAACUUCACCAACCUGAACAAGAUGAGGUAUCGACUACUAUACUUAAUUUUUUUAUCUUCAUACAUACAGUUAUUUUGAAUGAAUAUUAAAAACUUUACUUUACUAGAUUAUUACACAAUAUAAUUAUGCAGACAGUAUUUGAAAGGACCAUACGCUGAUGGGUCGUAAAUCUUUUGCAGAAGUAUCCCUGUGUGAUGUUAGUGCUGUGUACAUCAUUAGUCAGUGGUUUCCCAAAUGGAUAACACUUCCUCUUCAAAGCAUCGGCCGGAGAAGUAUUCCGAAAAAAACAGAGACAAAGAUAAGGACGGAAGUCGAAGGAGGAGUCGUUCAAAGGACCGGGAAAGAAGACGAUCGCGCGAUAAGGAUUCUAGACGUUCUAGGGAAAGGGAUGACAAACGAGAAAGAGACCGCGACAAGGAUAGAGACAGAGAUCGCAAUCGUGACCGUGAACGUCGCGACCACGACAAGGAUCGUAACCAUAGAGAUAAGGAUAGGGAUAAGGACAGGGAUCGUGAAAGAGAUAGGGAACGUGAAAGAGAUAGAGAAAAGAGACGUAGUAAAGAUAAAGUUAAGGAACGUAGUCGUGAAAGGGAAAGAAGCCGUGACCAACAUCCUCCUAAAAGAGAAAAAAGUCGCGAUAAGGAAAGAGAGAGAAGCGAAUAUAGAUCAAAAUCAAGAGGAAUUGAACCCAAGUUGGAUGACCUACCUCCAGAAGAAAGGGAUUUGCGCACUGUAUUUUGUAUGCAAUUAUCUCAACGUAUUAGGGCUAAGGAUUUAGAAGAGUUUUUUUCCUCUGUUGGUAAAGUAAGAGAUGUAAGACUUAUCACAUGCAAUAAGACAAGAAGAUUUAAGGGAAUAGCCUAUAUUGAGUUUAAAGAUGCUGAAUCUGUUCCCUUGGCUUUGGGUUUAACAGGACAAAAACUACUGGGUGUUCCUAUUAUAGUUCAGCAUACCCAAGCUGAGAAAAACAGGGUUGGCAACACCUUGCCCAACUUAGCACCAAAAACUAGUAAUGGUCCUACUCGAUUAUAUGUUGGCUCACUUCAUUUUAAUAUUACAGAAGACAUGCUUAGAGGAAUCUUUGAACCAUUUGGUAAAAUAGAUCAUAUACAACUAAUGACCGAUCCUGAUACUGGAAAAAGUAAAGGCUAUGGUUUUCUGACAUUCCAUCACGCAACAGAUGCAAAGAAAGCAAUGGAGCAGUUGAAUGGAUUUGAGCUUGCAGGUAGACCAAUGAAGGUUGGAAAUGUGACUGAGCGAGCAGAUGGUGGUUCAAGCACACGGUUUGAUGCUGAUGAACUAGACCGAGCUGGAGUUGAUCUGGGUGCUACCGGACGCCUUCAACUUAUGUUCAAAUUAGCUGAAGGCACAGGUUUACAGAUACCUCCAGCAGCGGCAUCAGUAUUGAUGGGCGCCGGCUCAACUUUAGUAGCGCCUCAACCACAAGUCGCACCUCCUAUUGCUACACAAUGCUUCAUGCUCAACAACAUGUUUGACCCAUCAUCGGAAUCGAACCCCAGCUGGGACAUUGAGAUAAGGGAUGACGUCAUCAGCGAAUGCAAUAAACAUGGCGGAGUAUUACACGUGUACGUUGAUAAGGCGUCUCCACAGGGAAAUGUGUACUGCAAGUGUCCAACAAUAGCAACAGCUGUGGCGUCUGUGAAUUCAUUGCACGGCCGUUGGUUUGCGGGGAGGGUCAUAACCGCAGCUUACGUGCCCCUUGUCAAUUAUCAUUCACUGUUCCCAGACGCGAUGACUGCACUAACACUACUAUUGCCUUCUAAACAACGAUAAAACGUACAAUUAGCGUUAAUUAAUAAUUAUUAUUUUAGAAUAUCUAUCUAGUGGUGUUCUGUAUUUGAAGUAAAAUAAUGCACAUUAUAUGUGAUAUAAA